AGAGGAUGCCUGGGCUGGAGUUGUAUAUAUGGUCAUGGAGGUGGCAUUCCUGGGAGUCCAGCAGAGUGACGCCGAGCGUUUUUAAACCCCCGAUCCCCUUCUCCUCCAGCCGCUGUACCGACUCUCUGCAGGCCGCCACGCCGCCGUCUGAGCCUCUUUUCCCGGACAACAGGAGCGAGUGUGUCCGGAGGAAGAAAACGACUUUUUCUCUCUCUCUUUCUUUCUCUCUUUCUUCUUCCUUCCUUCAUCGGUACCAUGGCUCAGCCGGGCUGGAUUAACUGACUCUGGACCCGCAGCUUCACGCACACUUUGGAGAAGUGUGUCACUCCCAGAGCGGACGCCAUGAUGAGCAACAGCGGCUACAUGGAGCAGCAGCUUCCCCCGCAGUUCAUCUGCGAGGAAGAGGAGGAGGAGGAAGAGGAGGAGAUGCCGGCCACGGAGAAGGACCUGGCCGAGGACGCCCCCUGGAAGAAGAUCCAGCAGAACACCUUCACCCGCUGGUGCAACGAGCACCUGAAGGGGCUCAACAAGCGGAUCGGGGACCUGCAGAAGGACCUGAGUGACGGGCUGAAGCUCAUCGGGCUGCUGGAGGUGCUGAGCCAGAAGAAGAUGUUCAGGAAGUACCACAGCCGGCCCAACUUCAGGCAGAUGAAGCUGGAGAACGUCUCGGUGGCGCUGGAGUUCCUGGAGAGAGAGCACAUCAGGCUGGUGUCCAUCGACUCUAAAGCCAUCGUGGACGGGAACCUGAAGCUGAUCCUGGGUCUGAUCUGGACCCUGAUCCUGCACUACUCCAUCUCCAUGCCCAUGUGGGAGGACGAGGACGACGAAGACGCCAAGAAGCUGACGCCCAAGCAGCGCCUGCUGGGCUGGAUCCAGAACAAGGUGCCCCAGCUCCCCAUCACCAACUUCCACCGGGACUGGAGGGACGGCAAGGCUCUGGGGGCGCUGGUGGACAACUGUGCCCCAGGUCUCUGUCCAGACUGGGAAACGUGGGAUCCCAGUCAGCCGGUGGAGAACGCCAGGGAGGCCAUGCAGCAGGCCGACGACUGGCUCGGAGUGCCUCAGGUGAUCGCUCCGGAGGAGAUCGUUGAUCCCAACGUGGACGAGCACUCGGUGAUGACCUACCUGUCUCAGUUCCCCAAAUCUAAACUGAAGCCCGGCGCGCCCCUCAGGGCCAAGACGCUGCACCCCAAGAGGGCCAAAGCCUACGGACCAGGUCUUGAGCCUCGAGGGAACGUGGUCCUGAAACCUGCAGAGUUUCUGGUGGAGACGGUGGAGGCCGGACUCGGUGAAGUUCUGGUUUAUGUGGAGGACCCAGAGGGACACACGGAGGAGGCUCGAGUGAUCCCCAACAACGACAAGAACAGAAGCUACUCGGUGGUCUACCUGCCCAAAGUGGAGGGGCUGCAUAGAGUGAAGGUGCUGUUUGCUGGGCAGGACAUCGACAGAAGUCCCUUCAUGGUGAAUGUUUCCAAGGCGAUGGGCGACCCAACCAGAGUACAGGCCCGCGGGCCGGGACUGCAGCAGACGGGAAAUGUUGCCAACAAACCUACAUACUUUGACAUUUACACUGCAGGGGCGGGUGCUGGAGACGUAGGCGUCAUUAUUGUGGAUUCAAAUGGUCGCAGGGAUACAGUGGAGAUUGUGUUGGAGAACAGAGGCGACAGUAUUUUCCGCUGCACCUAUGUUCCCAUCCUGGAGGGCGCUCACACUGUCUACGUGACCUUUGCUGGGCAGCAGAUUCCCAGAAGCCCUUUCACUGUCAACAUCUCAGAGGUUUUACAGAGCAUCCCGCCUACAGGGUCUCCGGUGCAGGUUGUACCUCAGUCCGCACUCUCAGACAAGACAAGGAGAGCCCCCCCUCCAACACCACCCAAACCCAGGCGACCAACCUGUAAUCCCAACGCAUGCCGAGCGACGGGCAGAGGUCUGCAGCCGAAGGGUCUGAGGGUCAAAGAAGUGGCCGACUUUAAAGUUUACACCAAAGGAGCCGGCAGCGGAGAGCUCAAAGUCACUGUGAAGGGACCAAAGGGCCUGGAGGAGCCGGUGAAGGUUAUCGAGAUGGAAAACGGGAUCUUCGAGUGUAAUUAUUACCCAAUCAUGAUGGGAAAAUACAUGGUGACCAUCAGCUGGGGAGGACACAGCAUCCCCCGCAGUCCGUUUGAGGUCCAGGUGAGCGAGGAGGCGGGGCCCCAGAAGGUGCGGGCCUGGGGUCCCGGUCUGGAGACGGGGAUGGUGGGGAAGAGUGCCGACUUUGUGGUGGAGGCCAUCGGCACCGAGGUGGGAACGCUCGGUUUCUCCAUCGAGGGUCCGUCUCAGGCCAAGAUCGAGUGUGACGAUAAAGGAGACGGGUCGUGUGAUGUCCGAUACUGGCCGACCGAACCGGGCGACUACGCCGUGCACGUCAUCUGUGACGACGAAGACAUUAAGGACAGUCCCUUCAUGGCUCACAUCCUCCCUGCUGCCAACGACGUCUUCCCAGAAAACGUUAAGUGUUACGGUCCCGGUCUGGAGCCGCUCGGCUGCAUCGUCAACAAACCUGCAGACUUCACCAUCGACACGGAUGGAGCCGGCAGAGGAGAGCUGAAGCUCUACGCUCAGGAUGCCGAGGGUUUCCCCAUCGACAUCCAGAUCACUGAUAACGGAGACAGCACCUUCUUCUGCGUUUACAUUCCCACCAAACCUGUCAAACACACCAUCAUCAUCACCUGGGGGGAGGUCAAUGUUCCCAACAGCCCCUUCAGGGUGCUGAUCGGAGAGGGCAGCCAUCCAGAGAACGUGAAGGUUUACGGUCCAGGUGUGGAGAAGACAGGACUGAAGGCCAACGAGCCGACAUACUUCACUGUGGACUGCAGCGAGGCUGGACAGGGUGACGUCAGCAUCGGGAUCAAGUGUGCGCCGGGCGUGGUCGGUCCGGCGGAGGCAGACAUCGACUUUGACAUCAUCAAGAACGACAACGACACGUUCACGGUGAAGUACACGCCUCCGGGAGCCGGGCAGUACACCAUCAUGGUGCUGUUUGCAGAUCAGGAAAUUCCCAUCAGCCCCUUCAGAAUAAAGGUGGAUCCUUCCCAUGAUGCAGCUAAAGUCCGUGCAGAGGGACCUGGACUCAGCAAGACAGGAGUUGAAGUGGGCAAACCGACUCACUUCACCAUCUACACGAAGGGAGCCGGCAAAGCCAAACCGGAGGUCCAUUUCACCGGCGCGGCGAAAGGCGAAGCCGUCCGAGACUUCGAAAUCAUCGACAACCACAACUACUCGUACACCGUCCGCUACACCGCCCUGCAGCAGGGGAACAUGUCCGUCACUGUGUGUCACGGCGGGGACCCCAUCCCUAAGAGCCCCUUCAACAUCAGUGUGGCCCCCCCACUGGACCUCAACAAGGUCAAAGUUCAGGGUUUGAACAACAAGGUGGACGUUGGGAAGGACGAGGAGUUCAGCGUGUGUACCCGCGAGGCUGGAGGUCAGGGCAAACUGGACGUCAAGAUCACCUCGCCGUCACGCAGACCAAUCCCCUGCAAGCUGGAGUCGGGCACAGCCAAUGAGGCGCACACAGUGAAGUACAUUCCCCCCGAGGAAGGCCAGUACAGAGUGGACGUCAGCUACGACGGGAACCCCAUCCCAGGAAGUCCGUUCACGGUGGAGGCCGUCAUGCCCCCCGACCCUUCAAAGGUCCGAGCCUACGGUCCGGGCCUUCAGGGGGGUGUUGUGGGUAAACCGGCGCCCUUCGCCAUCGACACAAAGGGUGCCGGUACCGGCGGUCUGGGCCUGACGGUGGAGGGACCCUGCGAGGCCAAGAUCGAAUGCCAGGACAACGGGGACGGGUCUUGCUCCGUGUCCUACCUGCCCACCGAGCCCGGCGAGUACGCCAUCAACAUCCUGUUUGCAGAGCAGCACAUCCCCGGCUCGCCCUUCAAGGCCGUGGUCCAGUCGGCGUUCGACCCCGGCAAGGUGACGGCGAGCGGGCCGGGCCUGGAGCGGGGGAAGGUCAACGAAGACGGAUCCUUCACGGUGGACUGCUCCAAAGCCGGCGAGGCGGAGCUCACCAUUGAGAUCGUCUCCGACUCGGGAGCCAGAGCUGAAGUUCACGUGCAGAACAACGGUGACGGGACGUACGCCAUCACCUACAUCCCGCAGUGCCACGGCAUGUACACCAUCACCAUCAAGUACGGAGGACACGCCGUGCCAAAGUUCCCCAUCCGGCUGACGGUGGAGCCGGCGGUGGACACCAGCGGGGUCAAGGUCCACGGGCCGGGAGUGGAGCCCCGAGGCGUCCUGAGGGAAGUGACCACGCAUUUCACCGUGGACGCCCGGGCGCACUACCGGAGCGGCGGCGGGCGCAUCAAAGCCCCGAUCUCCAACCCGUCGGGCGCCAACACGGACGCCUACAUCACCGACAAGGGAGACGGGACCUACCGAGUGGAGUACACGCCGUACGAGGACGGUUUGCAUCUGAUUGAAGUUCUGUUUGAUGACGUCUCGGUGCCGAAGAGUCCGUUCCGGGUCUCGGUGUCGGAGGGCUGUGAUCCCAGCCGGGUCCGAGCCUACGGGCCCGGUCUGGAGGAGGGACUGGUCAACAAACCAAACCGCUUCACCGUGGAGACCAGAGGUGCUGGCACCGGGGGUCUGGGCCUGGCCAUCGAGGGUCCGUCGGAGGCCAAGAUGUCCUGUAAGGACAACAAAGAUGGCAGCUGCAGCGUGGAGUACAUCCCCUUCACUCCCGGAGAGUACGACGUCAACAUCACCUUCGGAGGCCUUCCUAUCCCAGGGAGCCCGUUUCGGGUUCCGGUGCGAGAGCUGUUGGAUCCCAGUAAAGUGAAGUGUUCGGGUCCCGGUCUGGGAAGUGGAGUCCGAGCCCACGUCCCCCAGACCUUCACCGUAGACAGCAGCAAGGCCGGGGUCGCCCCCCUGGAGGUCCAGCUGUACGGGCCCACAGGUGUGGCCGAGCCAAUCAGCAUCACCGACAACGGCGACUGUACUCACACGGCCAACUACACGCCCGCCAGCGACGGUCCGUACACGGUGUGCGUGAAGUAUGCCGACCAGGAAGUCCCGCGCAGUCCCUUUAAGAUCAAGACCUUACCGGCCCACGAUGCCAGUAAAGUCCGAGCCAGCGGUCCGGGUUUGAAUGCGUCUGGAGUUCCCGCCAGUCUGCCCGUUGAGUUCACCAUCGACGCCAGAGACGCCGGAGAGGGACUCCUUACCGUUCAGAUCCUGGGUCCGGACGGCUGCAGGCGAGACGCCUCUCUGUUUGUGGAGGACUGGGGACGCAGGGUGUGGGAGACACAGAUAGUAAAGAAAACCAUCCUCUUCAAUAUGAAUAAGAGAGGCUGUGAUCCAGAGGGGAAACCCAAGAAGGCGAACAUCCGAGACAACCGGGACGGCACGUACACGGUGUCCUAUGUCCCGGACAUGGCUGGACGUUACACCAUCACCAUCAAAUACGGUGGAGACGAGAUCCCAUACUCGCCGUACCGCAUCCUGGCGCUGCCCACUGGAGACGCCAGCAAGUGUCUGGUCACAGUGUCGAUCGGAGGACACGGACUGGGUUCAUGUAUCGGGUCGACCAUCCAGAUCGGCGAGGAGACGGUCAUCACCGUUGACGCAAAGGCAGCUGGGAAAGGGAAGGUGACGUGCAAGGUGUCGACGCCGGACGGCGCCGAGCUGGACGUGGACGUGGUGGAGAACGCAGACGGGACGUUUGACAUCUACUACACGGCGCCGGAGCCCGGGAAGUACGUCAUCACCAUCCGCUUCGGAGGGGAGAACAUUCCCAACAGCCCCUUCCACGUGGUGGUGAGGAACGCCGCCGAAACGCACGCCCAACACAUGAAACACACGCCAAAGCGCUGA